AUGCUGGUGGAACGAGGGUUUUAUCAAUUUGUUCACAUUUAUAUUUUUUCUAACCACUAUCUAUACGAGGUUCUUUUCAACCAUCACUUCAAUGCUGUUGAGAAACUCGAAAAGUGGAAGAUACUUGCACUACAAAUCUUUCUUCCUACUUUGACAGUGAGCCCACUGUAUUUGAUUUUUGAGUUCCACUACGUCGUAAAUUAUGACCGAGUGUCGUUGUCUAGCACCAACGUCCUCUUCCUUCUUGGACUAACUUAUCGAGGUGCCGCUUUUGCACUUUGUGUAUCUGGCUACUUGUUUCUUUUCUUCACAGUAAAAAGCAAAGCGUGA